GCAGGCUGCUAAUACAUUGCGCUUCUGGCCAUUACUGGCGGUCACCUCUCCGCACCCAUGUCUCUACCGCGAAUAUGCUCCGCAUCUUCACGCCUUCGCCUCAUCGCACCCGCCCGGCGGCCAGCAAUAGCCAUCUCAGCCCAACGUCGGUGUUACGCCUCCAAGCGGAAGGCAGAAAAGGAAGUGAAAGACGGCAAGGGCAAGCACACGCACGUCGUCUUAACCGACACCCUCGUCCCCGGCUCGCAACAGAAGCUCGCGGGCGAGGAAUACCACAGGACCGAGGAGAAGAUGAAGGGGCUCGUCGAGAGGUUCCGGAAGGACGUGGCGGGCAUGGAGAUGCGCGCGAGCGGGCGGGUCACGCCGGAGGUGCUCACCCCCGUGCGCGUCACCGUGCCGGGGCACAAGGGCGGCGAUGGGCUUGCGCACCGGCUCGAGGAGCUCGCGACCGUCGGCGUGCGCGAGGGCACGACGCUCCUCGUCACCGUCUUCGACGAACAUACGUUGAAAUUUGUGGAGACGGCAAUAUUGGACGCGAAGAUCCAGGGCGUGAUGCCCCAGAGACUCGAUACGAGGACACUCAAGAUCCCCAUGCCCAAGGCAACCGUGGAGGCGCGCAAUAACAUGGUCACCGCGGCCCAGCGACAAGCGGAGGAGGUGCGCCAGCUGGUGCGGAAGCAGCAUACUGCGAGCAUCAAGAAGGGGAACUACAAAAAGCACGCGCCCGAGUUGGAUGAGUUCCAAUCGCUCACAAACCAGUACCUCGCGGAGAUCGACAAAACCGUGUCGGACAUCAAGAAGAGCGCCGGUGGUAAGUGAUAGGACUCCGUCUUGUAAAGACUGGCCUUCUCUGGGUUAUUUGGUCGCGCACGAACACAUAGCUAUACCUCAUCACUACAUUAAUAUCGAAUCUCCCUUCCUUUGCCUUGUAUACACAGGCAAUCUUGAGAACCGAGUG